AUGGCCUCGCCGUCCAUCCUAUCCAGAGGCUGUCUUCGGACAAUUAUCGAAGAUCCCUACUAUGCAUCAUGGUUCUGGCAAACGCCCAGGGUACAGUGCAUCCACGUCAAGACAUCCCCACCGGGAGAUGAGAACGCCGGCCGCAAGAUCGUGGUCCUAAGCGACGGCAUCAAUUUUCUCUGGGCCAUGCUUAGCUCGACGUUAUGCACCCUCCUCGACAGGGACGGCGAGCAUGUGGUCAAAGGCGUACUGGUAGUCACGACCAUGCACGUUGCCACGCGUUUCGGGGCCUUGCCUAAGAUUGGCAGGCCUGGACGCCUGGAUGUCGUGCUUCCACUGCUCGAUGACCAGAUCUGGUUUGACGCAAGGCGCACGGGUGCAUCAGAUGGCGGACGCUUGUUUUCUAUGCUUCCGACGGAGGUUCUGCAUUUGGUGCUUGCGCAUCUGGACCAGGUUGAUACACUUUCCCUUGCAAUGACCGCGAAGAUGUUCCAUGCACUUGUGGGCGGCUUGAUCCCCUCGCAGGUGAGCUUAACAAGCGAGCAGGGAAUAUCAAAGUUUGCAGAGGCUAUGAACAUUCAGCCUGGUAUCCGCAAUGUUGUCAGGAGCUAUUCGGUGAAGGUAAACGGGGCAGCGCCAGCAGCUCAUGUACAGAUUGUGCAAGACCUCCCGUUGCUCCGUGAUUGUCAUAUUGAGGUUGAGCACACAUCUGGGAGCAGCUUCCUGGACAUGCUCCCAGUCCUGCAAAGACUAUUAUCAAGCCAAACAAGCCAGUGCCUAAAGUCAUUCCACCUUGUUAUCAAUCCCAGCGGCACAACGGGGUGGACAGACGAUGCGCAGAGCAACAUCCUGCACACCCUCUUCCUAGCUCCAUCCAUCCCGCAUCUAGCAGUAUCCUAUCGCACGCGCAGCGAGGACGAAGCCAACCAUGUCCGGGUCCGACCACUCACUUUCAGGCCCCCAGUGGUCAGCGCCCACGUUGCCAAUGCCACACGCCUGCAAAGCCUGAACCUGCAGUGGGAAGGCCUGCAGCUCCCCGCCCUGGCCAUCCUCCUCAGGCUCCAUCGCAAACUGCACACUCUCAAACUCGUAUUCAGCAGCCGCGCCCGUCGUGUGUCUACCUCGCUCGACGCUGCGCUAGCGCCGCUCGCGGAAACACUGCAGACCCUCCAUAUUCGCAUCACAGACCUCCCUUCCAUAAAGCUGGUGGGACUGCGUUGGGGCCCACGCUUUCUAUCCCCGUUCGGCACCCUGCAGCAUCUGCGCCUACCAGCGGCGUUCCUGGCCUACGUCAUAUCGCAAGACCAUGUCAACACCGUGGAUGGCGAUAGCGGUUCCAUGGCCGAAACGGCGGAUAAGACCAAUGUGCCCCCUUUGUGGCUUCCCCCUUCGCUCAUUAGCAUAUGCUUCAACACGGCCACGCUUGAUGAAGCACCUGCAGACAGAGACCCAGGCAACGAGAGUAUCAGCACGAGCUCGGCCACCAAGUCCCAGAAUCGCUCUCGCCAGCCGCAGAGUGUCACCACCGACCCCGCAACCACAUCGGCCCUGACCUACGUCUGCACCCUGCUGCACAAUAACCUCCUCCCCCGUUUCCGCGAUGUCGUCUUCGACCCGGACAGCCACCAGCACACGCUCAACCCCUUGACUCUGCGAGUCCGCCCACCAAUACUGUGUCUGGAGGAGGGGCUACGGCCACUUGUGGACCGGGGGAUCCGCACGGUGGUUGAGUUCGAGUCGUUCGAGGAUACUGUGUUGCAGGUCAGGUGUGGGAGGCAUGUGAAUAAGCACCCAUAG